CCUGGCCCACCUGCGCCCCCCGGCCCAGCAGCGCCCCCAGGCGCCCCUUGCGAAUCUGCCGCGGGCAGGAGAGCACAGGCGGCAAAGAGCCUGUCCCAACUCCCGUAUGGCAAGGCCCUCUAUAGCUAUGAGGGGAAGGAACCAGGGGACCUCAAGUUCAACAAGGGGGAUGUCAUCAUCCUGCGGCGCCGGGUGGAUGAGCACUGGUUCCACGGUGAGCUGCACGGCACACGCGGCUUCCUCCCAGCCAGCUAUGUCCAGUGCCUACGGCCCCUGCCGCAGGCCCCGCCCCAGGGCACAGCGCUGUAUGACUUUGAGAUGAAGGACCGUGACCAGGACCAAGACUGCCUGACUUUCACCAAGGAUGAAGUUCUGACCGUGAUCCGCCGUGUGGAUGACAACUGGGCAGAGGGCAUGCUGGGAGACCGGAUUGGGAUCUUUCCUCUGCUAUAUGUGCAGCUCAAUGACUCUGCCAAGCAGCUCAUCGAGAUGGACAAGCUGUGUCCCGCUGCCGCAGCAGCAUCCAGCUGUGCUGUUCCCUUGCCCUCCAAUCCCAGUGUGGUGGCCAGUGCAGGCUCUGGCCCUGCAGCAAGCAGCUCGGGGGCUGUCAGUGCCUUUCAACGGCGCAUGGACAGCAAGAAGAACGCCAAGAAACGCCAUUCCUUCACGGCGCUCAGCGUGACACACAAGUCUUCACAGGCAGCCACCCACAGGCACUCCAUGGAGAUCAGCGCCCCUGUGCUCAUCAGCUCCAGUGACCCCCGUGCUGCAGCCCGGAUUGGGGAGCUCACACACCUGCCCUGCUCUGUGCCUGCCCAGGACUCCUGCUCGGCUGGACCUGUCCCUGCAGCUGUUCCAAGAGCCUCUGCAGUGGCUGGAGAGCAGGGCACGUCUCCCAAAGUCCCGCUGCCCCUGAACGUGUACCUGGCCCUCUAUGCCUAUAAGCCCCAGAAGAGCGAUGAGCUAGAGCUGCGUAAAGGCGAGAUGUACCGGGUGCUGGAGAAGUGCCAGGAUGGCUGGUUCAAAGGAGCCUCCAUGCGGACUGGGCUCUCUGGGGUGUUCCCCGGGAACUACGUGACACCUGUCUCCAGGGCUCCUGGAGGAGCAGCUGGGCCACCCCGAAAUAGUGCGCUUGGAGGGUCUCCUCUGGCCAAAGGCAUGGCCACUACCAUGCACCCUGGCGGUGGCAGCCUGAGCAGGCCAGCCCUGCCCCUCACCACACCACAGGCCCAAGCCCCACACCCAGCUGGCUCCCCACCAACAGGGAGCUGUCCUCGCCACACAGCCCAGCCAGCCACCAACCAGACCCGGGGAACUCUCUCUGCAGCUGCGCACCCCUCUACUCAGACUCAGGAUCGACCAACCGCCACCGUGACACCUCUGCGCACUCAGAGCUCCCCGUCUCGCCUGCCUACCACCAGCCUCAGGCCCCGCUCUGUGGUGCCCCCGCAGCCUGGCCAGCAGUCCCCAGUUCAGACGAGUUCCCGGCCAGCCAUCCCCCUCACCUCCGCCACGUCGGCCGUCACACCUCCCACUGUCAGCACCACCAGCCUGAACGGGGAUGCCAGUGGGGGCUCCGGUGGGGGCCUGUCCACAUCCAGCCCUACCAGCACUGGGUGUAGACUGGAGGACAAGAGAGGUGAAAAGAAAGAGAAGAAGAGCGGGCUGCUGAAGCUGCUGGCUGGGGCAUCAACCAGGAGGAAGUCACGUUCCCCGCCAUCCUUCUCCCCGACCCACGACCCUCCGGUGGCCACAGACACUUCACUGCUGGGUGCCACGGGUCCUGAUGUGUCCUCCCUGUCUGUCCACGGCAGGGCAGGCUCCUGCCCCAUUGAGAGUGAGAUGCGGGGGGCCAUGGGGCUGGAGCCCCUGCACAGGAAGACAGGCUCCUUGGAUUUGAACUUCUGCUCCUCCCCUGCCCGGCAAGCAGCUCUCUCCAUGGCUGCCAUCCGCCCCGAGCCCAAGCCACUGCCCAGGGAGAGGUACCGCGUGGUGGUCUCCUACCCUCCCCAGAGCGAGGCGGAGAUUGAACUGAAGGAGGGCGAUGUGGUCUUCGUGCACCGCAAGCGCAAGGAUGGCUGGUACGAGGGGACCCUGCAGCGAAAUGGACGCACAGGGCUCUUUCCAGGCAGCUUUGUGGAGAGCUUCUGAGGCAGCCAGGCACCCGGCAGGCAUGGCUGGAGAGCAGGAGUGGGGUGUGCAUCGCACCUUCCCAGUGAUGCCCACGUCCUCCAAUGACCUGAAGGGAGAGGCUGUGGAGGACCUGGCAGCACCACCAUUACUGUGGUGGGUGCACUGGGAGCCGCAAGAGGCGGCAGGGCCAGCGGUGUGGGGCAGAGCUUCAGGAGAGUCCUUCUCAGCCACCCUGGCGUCACCUGUCUAUACCUCAGUCACCUGCCACCCGGCCACAGGGCGCUCAUGUCCAGCCAGCCACCCCAGGGCUGCUGCCCUUCCCAGCUGUAAGCAGCACCCUGCUUCACCGCUGUCCUCUGUGCUGCCUCUUUCUUAUGCUGUUUUCUAAAGUUCGGCAUUAGACUUUGUCUGUUUCUCGUGGGUCAGACAUCCUCUAUUUUCACACAUCUGGUGCUGCCUUUUGUAAAACUCAUAAUGACCUGGGCGAGCUUGCAAGAAGCAAUGUCCAAGGCGACACCUAAGGCAGGUUUUAUAUUCUCCAUCUGAGUCAUGAGCAUUUGGACACCUGUCUUCGACGUCAGAUGUGGCCAGUGCUCCACGAUGAGUGGCAGGUGGUCCGGGUGUAGAGGGGACAUAGAGCAGAAGUAGCUCCCUAAACCCUCAGAACCCACCUUUGUGUAGACGUCAACCAGUGCUAUUCAGGAACAAGGACCGAGUGUGAGGGCUCCUCUAACUGCCUUUCUGCUGCCAGUGGGGAUAACACAGGGCUGACCCAGCCCAGGGUGGCAGGAGCCACCUUUUAUUCCCCAGAGAGAAUGACUGUCAUUAGCCUUCUCAAAACGUGGAUUCUUGCCAUCAAAAUGUGCAGUUUUCACCACAGUUCAGAUCACCGCCUUGCAAAGAUUUUUUUUCUCCUUUUUAAAAAAUAAAUUACUGCUCCCUUAUCAACCGUGCCCAGCUUGCUAUGUUGACUGUGAGGACCAGGUUUGAGGCAUUGCUGCAGACUUACAGGGCAGGUUGUGGGGGCACCCAGAAGGUGGGUGGAAGCCACCUGAGAGAGACCACCGUUUCCAAUGCUCCUGUGGCUGCCUGGCUGCUACACUGGGGAAUUGCCCCAAGAAGCACUUUGCCCCCUCAAUGACACCACACCUAAAGGAAGUGAGAAAUGUGUUCUUAAUCUAAAAGGGGAACAUCUGGUUUAAACAGGGAUCCCUUGGUGCUGGAUUAGCAACCACCAGGGGAAUCUCAGCACCACCAUUGCCCAGUCAGUUCCCACCAUCCACAAGAAGCCCUGUGUCUGUCACCAAAAAGCACCUGGGUCAACACCCUGGGCAAGACUCAAGUUCUCCUGUGGAACCAGAACAAACC